AAAAUAUUUUCGCUGGUCUGUGCUUUAAAUGUUUUGAAGUUUGUUAAUAAGACAUUUUUCCAUUGGAUUUCCAAAAAAAUUGAAAAAUGGCUGGUGCUCUGGCAAGGGUUGUUCAAGCCACAAAAUCCCAUAUUGGUGUUGUUGGACCCUUGGUUAGUAUCAACAAUGGUUCAGUACGCUUCCAACAGACCCAGAGCACUAAAACCAAGUUCGGUCCACUUAGUGACAGCGACAGAGUCUUUACCAAUCUUUAUGGAAGGCACGACUGGCGCUUGAAGGGUGCGCUAAGUCGGGGAGACUGGUAUAUGACCAAGGAGAUCUUGUUGAAGGGUACCGACUGGAUUGUCAAUGAACUAAAAACAUCCGGUCUCCGUGGCCGAGGAGGUGCCGGUUUCCCUACUGGUAUGAAGUGGUCUUUCAUGAACAAACCUUCAGGCGGCCGUCCCAAAUACCUGGUAGUGAACGCAGAUGAAGGAGAACCCGGUACCUGCAAGGACAGAGAGAUCAUGCGUCAUGACCCACACAAGCUAGUUGAGGGUUGUUUAGUAGCUGGCCGGGCUAUAGGAGCCCAGGCUGCUUAUAUUUAUAUCAGAGGAGAGUUUUAUAAUGAAGCUAGCAAUUUGCAAGUGGCUAUUGCUGAGGCAUACCAAGCAGGCUUAAUUGGCAAAAACGCAUGCGGCUCAGGCUACGACUUUGACGUGUUUGUACACCGGGGAGCCGGGGCGUACAUCUGUGGGGAGGAGACAGCUCUCAUCGAGUCCAUUGAAGGCAAGCAAGGCAAACCACGCUUGAAGCCGCCAUUCCCCGCGGACGUGGGCCUGUUUGGUUGUCCCACCACGGUGAACAAUGUAGAGACGAUUGCAGUAUCACCGACUAUUUGCCGCCGCGGAGGCUCAUGGUUCGCAUCAUUCGGUAGGCCGCGUAACAGCGGCACAAAGCUCUUUAACAUCUCCGGACAUGUUAACACGCCUUGCACUGUAGAGGAAGAGAUGAGUAUUCCUCUGAAGGAGCUGAUUGAGAGACACGCGGGCGGUGUGACCGGAGGCUGGGACAAUCUGCUGGCUAUCAUUCCUGGUGGAUCUUCAACACCCCUGAUACCUAAAGAUGUCUGCUCGACCGUACUUAUGGAUUUCGACGGCCUAGUGGCGGCUCAGACAUCACUGGGUACUGCAGCCAUUAUUGUGAUGGACAAAUCUACGGACAUCGUAAAGGCUAUAGCUCGCCUCAUCAUGUUCUACAAGCACGAGUCUUGUGGGCAGUGCACACCGUGCCGCGAGGGUGUAUCGUGGAUGAACAAAAUUAUGUACCGAUUCGUUGACGGUAAUGCUUCACCUAAAGAAAUUGACAUGUUAUGGGAACUUUCUAAACAAAUCGAAGGACACACGAUAUGCGCGCUGGGUGACGGAGCCGCGUGGCCCGUACAAGGUCUCAUCAGACACUUCCGGCCAGAGCUCGAGCGACGCAUGCAGGAAUACGCGGCCGCGAACGGCCCGAGCAAGGCGGAGCGUCUCUACUAGAACACCUUAUUAUAAUUUACCAUACUCAUAGUUCCAUUUUGUAAAAUACUUACCAGCAAUCGUCGUUAAUAAAAACAAUUACAGCAUAUAUCUAAUU